UCCUGCUUUCUUCCUGUUUGUGUUCACACUGAAAAAUUAAGCCUGUUAAAGUCCUGAUGUGCUUUGAGACGUCAGGACUGUUUUAAAGCUUCACGUGUAAUAGUCAGCAGAGGUGUGACCACACUUCAUACUUGCCUCAUAUCACUGAAUCUUCCUCUUCCUGCCGUCUUUCACAGCUGCUCGGAUCAGAAACCCUCCAAAGUAUCAUCAGCGCUCCUGUUUCUCUGUGAUGAUGUCGGAGGACCUUCUAAACACUCUGGAAGAUCUGGGAGAUGAAGAGUUUAAUAAAUUCAAGUGGUUCCUACAGCAGACCGACGUCAUUCAAGGCCCCAUGACCAUCAAGAAGAGCCGACUGGAGACAACAAGCAGGUGGGACACCGUGGACUUGAUGGUGCAGACCUACAGACUUUCUGGAGCUGUUGAGGUGACCAGAAGGGUUUUAAAGAGGAUCGGCAGGAAUGACCUGCUGCUCAGUUUGUCUGUUAUCAGGCCCAGACCCGAAGUGAAUGUCAGUGAUUUGACCUCUCAGGCUCCUCUUCCUCAGACUGAAGAUGUGAUGGUUCCAGUACCAGAGCCUCAACCCAUCACGCAUUACCAACAGAUGCUUCGAUCAAACUUCCAGGACAAGUUUAUGUGUACACAAGAAGGGUGGGCAGAAGAUAAACAGCGUCUGGCUGAUAUCUACACAGAACUAUACAUCACAGCUGGGUAUGACAUACAUAUCAACAUACAGCAUGAGGUCCGGCAGAUUGAAAAGGCAUGGAAGCCGGAAGAAACGGAGAAAGCCGUUAAACCCACAGACAUAUUCAAACAUCCUUCUGGAGAAUACAGACCCAUUAAAACAGUGAUGACCAAUGGAAUCGCAGGAAUUGGAAAAACAUUCCUUGUUCACAAGUUUGUGUUGGACUGGGCUGAACAAAGAUACAAUCAAGAUGUGCAUCUGGUUUUCCCCUUCACCUUCCGUCAGCUGAAUCCACUGAAGGGAAAAAAAUUCAGUUUGGCAGAGCUCAUUCAUGAAUGUAUCCCAGAAACUGUAGGCAUCACAGAGGAGGCUCUUAAUUACAUCUUUAAAGAUAUUCAGUCAUCGGGAAUUACCAACUAUGACAAAAGUAAAUUCAAACUUCUGUUUGUGCUUGAUGGGCUGGAUGAGAACCGCCUUCAUCUCGACCUUCAGUCUGAAGAUAUUCGCUCUGUCGAUGUAACAAAGUCAACUAAAACAGAUGUCUUGUUGAAAAAACUCAUCAAUGGAAAAUUGCUACGCUCUGCUCGCAUCUGGAUAACCACACGGCCUGCAGCAGCCAAUCAGAUCCCUCGAGAGUUUAUCAGCAGUACAACAGAGGUCAGAGGGUUCACUGACCCACAGAAAGAUGAGUACUUCAGGAAGAGAUUCAAAGGUAAGGAGCAAGCUGACAAAAUCAUCUCCCACAUCAAGACAACAGGAAGCCUCCACAUCAUGUGCCAUAUCCCAGUCUUCUGCUGGAUCACUGCUACAGUUCUAGAAGAUGUGCUGAAAACAAGAGAAGGACAGCUGCCCAAGACCCUGACUGAGAUGUACGCAGAGUUCCUGGUGUUUCAGAUUGAUCGGACAAAAGAAAAGUAUGGCCCACAGAAAAGCAUUGAAUACAUUAAGUCAUUAGCAAAACUGGCCUUUCAGCAACUGGACAAGGGCAACCUGAUCUUCUAUGAAAAAGAUCUGAGAGAGAGCAGCACUGAUGUUAGUGAAGCCUCGGUAUGCUCAGGAGUGUUCACAGAGAUCUUCAAAGAAGAGCGAGGAAGGAAAGGGAAAGGCGAGAUGUUCAGCUUUGUCCAUCUGAGUGUUCAGGAGUUUCUGGCUGCUCUUUAUGUAAGGAUGUCACUUACUAACAGCAAAAUAAAUGUCAUGCCUUUACCACAACCAUCACUGAAAAACCUUCGACUGCUUUUAAGGAAGACAUCUUCAAAGAAGAUCCACAUGAUUUCCAUUGACAGGGCCUUGCAGAGUCCAAAUGGACACCUGGACUUAUUCCUUCGCUUCCUCCUGGGUCUAUCACUGCAGACCAAUCAGGAUAAACUGCAGGACCUGCUAAUGAAGAAAGACAGUGGCACAGAGACCAAUCAGAAAACAGUCCGAUACAUCAAAAAGAAGCUCAGUGAGAAUCUGUCUCCAGACAGAUGCAUCAAUCUGUUCCACUGUCUGAAUGAGCUAAAUGAUCGUUCUCUGGUGGAGGAGAUCCAGCAGUCCCUGAGUUCAGGAAGCCUCUCCACAGAUAAACUGUCUCCUGCUCAGUGGUCAGCUCUGGUCUUCAUCUUACUGUCAUCAGAAAAAGAUCUGGAUGUGUUUGACCUGAAGAAAUACUCUGCUUCAGAGGAGGCUCUUCUGAGGCUGUUGCCAGUUGUAAAAGCCUCCCACAGAGCUCUGCUAAGUGGCUGCAAUCUGUCAGAAAGAAGUUGUGGAGCUAUGUUAUCAGUCAUCAGCUCACGGUCGACUAAUCUAAGAGAACUGGACCUGAGUAACAAUGACCUGUGGGAUUCUGGAGUGAAGCUGCUGUCUGUGGGAUUGGAGAGUCUACACUGUACACUGGAGGCUCUGAGGCUCUCGGGCUGUCUGAUCACUCAGGAUGGUUGUACUUCUCUGGUAUUAGCUCUGAACUCCAACCCCUCCCAUUUGAGAGAGCUAGACCUGAGCUACAAUCAUCCAGGGGACUCAGGCAUGAAGCUGCUGUCUAGCUUACUGGAUGAUCCACGCUGGAGACUGAACACUCUUAGGCUGGACCACGGUGGAGAGCAGAGGCUGAAACCUGGUCUGAGGAAAUAUUCCCGUGAUCUUAAACUGGACACAAACUCGGUGCACAGAAAACUUAAACUGUCCGACAACAACAGAAGAGUGACGGCAGUAACAGAGGAGCAGCCUUAUCCUGAUCACCCAGAGAGUUUUCAAGCAUGCCUUGGGCUGGAGGUGUAUGAGGGGGCGGAGUCUGUCAUGCUGCCCUGUCAGGUACCAGAGGACGUUUACCGGGACGCCACAGCAGUGAUUUGGAACCGCAAGAACCUCAGCAGCCCGACAGUCCAUCUGCGUCUGCAGAGCGGGGACGAUCUCACGAGACAGAAUGUUAAUUACUUCAACCGAACAUCGAUGAGAGCCGACGCUCUGCAGACCGGAGACCUCAGCCUCACGCUGAGGAAGCCCGUAGUCAAUGACACCGGCACCUACACCUGCACCACCCGAAGAUUUGGACUAGAUCAGAGCAAGACCCAUUUGCAACUGAGGGUGGCAGAACGUCCUCCUCCUGGUCCCACUCCUCCUCCAGUCUGGCCCAAAGUUGUCUCGGGUGUCCUGGUUCCUGUGGUUCUCCUGGCUGUCGGCUUUGGGGUCUUCAUGUACUUUAGAUAUAAAAGGUUAAAGAACAAAGAAGUCGUUCAGGUCGCAGCAGAACCAGGUGAUGAGUCGGUUGUGCUGACCUGCAGAAGCACCGUUCAGCCCGAUGGUGCUAAAGUGGUGUGGAAGGACAGGAAUGAGAGGAAGGUGCACGUAUGUCAGAAAGACUCUGAGCAGCCUGAAAAACAGCACAGACGCUACAGAAACCGAACAGAGAUGAAGAAAGAGCCGCUGAGGACCGGAGACCUCAGCGUGACCCUGAAACACCCCACAAACACCGACAGGGACACCUACACCUGCACCGUCUACAGCAGGGAGGGGAAAGAACUGCUGGAGAAACAGGUGGAGCUGAAGAUCAAAGAGUGCCGGGUGGAGGUGGUGGAGGGGGCGGAGUCUGUCCUGCUGCCCUUCAAAACCACAGAAAACCUGCCCGGGGACAGCGAUGUGGAGUGGAAACGCCAUGAACCCGAAUACAUGAAGGUCUGUGUGUAUGAGAACGGCUCUGACCGGCCCGACAAACAGGACGACCAUUACAGAGGUCGCACUGAGAUGAACACUGACCUGCUGACCACCGGAGACCUCGGUCUGACCCUGAGACAGCCCACAGUGAAGGAUGCUGGGAGAUACGCCUGUGAGGUCAACAGCAAGGAGGCCUGGAGAUACAAGAGGGUGUGGCUCACAGUCAAAGGGACAGAUCAGGUCCAGGAUCCAGCCGAGGACAACAAGGCUUUUGAAAUGACUCCUCUGAUGGACCAGCUUGAUCUGACUGGUCUCUGAUCAGGGAUCUGACUGGUCUGUGAGUCAGAGGGAAACACCAGUAAUGGGCUGAAGGGGAUGAAGAGGGGACGAUGCUGAGUUCCUCCACGUUCUGUGAGGAUGUUUUCUGUUCACACAGCUGAACCCUGCAGUGGCUGUAGCUCGGCGCACUCAUUUGUUGCCACAUUAGCACAAACAACACUCAUCUUUUACUUACACAUUUAUAUUUCACUUACCCAUAAUGCCUUGCUGUUCAGGUCUCAGCUGUGGCCUGCUGUUUAGUUGAUGUUUGGACCUCAUGUCUGCACGGUCUCAGAGCUCCUACACGUGUGAGGCUUUAGUGUUGGCUGUGUCUGUGAAACUGCACAAAAUAUAAGACAACUGACACUUUAACAUACAUGUAGCGAACGAAGUGUACGAGGAAAAAGAACAAUGUUUCUGUAAAGUGCUGCUGAAGAGAAAAGAAAUAAAGU